AUGGAAGAAAAAGGGAAAAUAAUCUGUAAAAGGGUUAUGCAAUCACCAUAUAACAUAGAAUUAGAGUCAUUAGAUCAAGUAAAAACUAGCUCAAUAUUGAAAGCUUUUUUAGAAAUUAUUUUCUUAGAUAAAUCAAACAAAUUUUUCUUAUUUAAACAUGAUGAAAUUAUAGACAGUUUAGAACAUAAUGAAUUGAGUGCUCUUAUAUUAAUUAGAACAAUUCAUUAUGAAAAAUUUUAUAAGCACAUUCCUAUAAUAGCUUCAUUAAAAAAAGUCAACUUUGUUUUAAUAGAACAAAAUUAUUUCAAUACAAGUGAAUUUAAUGAUAUACCUGAUACAAGCCAUAUAGGGAUCAGAAGUUUAAAAAAUAAAAAUGAUGAUUCUAUUUCUAUUAAUGAGAAAAUAAAACAUUUAGUUUUUUUAGUUAAUUCUUAUUAUAAACCUAUAAAUAUUCCUUAUCUAUUUAGUGAUCCAAAUUAUGUUAAUACAAAAUUUAAAGUUGAAAAAAUAAAUAGCAAAAAGUAUAUCAAAAAAUUAUCAAGAAAAGAAAAAAAAAAAAUUAGAAAAUUACAAAAGAAAAAUAAUAUAUGA